GCCGGUUGCAGGUCUAAACCCUGCCUGCAUCUGUCCCCCUCCCGGUAUGUAAGCCAGAGCCGACCCGGGUCAGGGUGAAGACUGAACCAUGAUCUCCCAGUUUUUCAUCCUGUCCUCCAAGGGGGACCUCCUGAUACAUAAGGACUACCGCGGAUCAUCUGCGCACACCAACCUGGCUGAUGGCCUCUAUCUGAAGCUCUCCUCUCUUCCUUCUGACCAAGCCCCGGUGGUCAUGGAACAUGAGGGGUGCCACUUUAUUCACACCCGACACCAAGGUCUAUACUUUGUCAUCAGCAUCGGAUCCAGUGACUCUCCAUUUCUGUAUAUCGAUCUUCUAAACCGGCUGGCUUCCCUGAUCCGAGAUUACUGUGGGGACCUCAGUGAGUCUGUAGUCCGACUCAACUUUGCUCUCAUCUAUGAGCUGCUGGAUGAGGUUCUGGAUUAUGGGUACGUCCAGACAACAUCAACAGACAUGCUGAAGAAUUUCAUCCAGUGUGACCCUGUUGUCAUUAAACCGUUUAGUCUGCUGGAUCUGAGCAGUGUGGGGCUGUUUGGAGCCGAGACUCAACAAAGCAAGGUGGCUCCCAGCUCAGCUUCCAGUCGGCCCGUCCUCUCCUCUCGAAACCAGCUGAGUGAGCAGAAUGAGAUCUUCCUGGAUGUCAUAGAGCGCAUGACGGUGGCCAUUGGCACAAAUGGUACUCUGCUGAAAGCCGAUGUUCAGGGUGAACUCCGGCUGAAAAAUUUCUACCCAAACUGCCCUGAGUUGAGAAUUGGGGUGAGUGAAGAAUUCUGCGUCGGGAGUUCAGAAUUGAGAGGAUACGGUUCGGCGGUGCGGGUGGACAGCUGUCAGUUUCACGAAUCUGUAAAGUUGGAUGAGUUUGAGAUCAGUCGGAUCCUGAAAGUCCUUCCUCCUCAGGGAGAGCUGACGGUGAUGCAGUAUCAAAUCUCAGACAGUAUCGGCACCUCCCUCCCUUUCCACCUAUUCCCAACCGUGGAGAGAGACCCCAGGAGCAGUCGGCUGCAAAUUUUUCUGAAGCUGCGAUGUGAUCUGAGCCCCAAGAGCCAGGCAAUAAACGUACUCGUGCAAGUACCAGUGCCGAAAGGAGCCAGCAGUGUUUCUCAGGAGCUCAGCAGUCCGGAUCAGAGUGCAGAGUUGUCGCUGAGCACGCAGUCGCUGACCUGGAAUAUUCCAAGAAUCCGAGGAGGGAGCCAGCUUUCCGCCCUCUUCAAGGUCGAUGUGUCUGGAUGCGUCUCCCUGCCCUCCGUUCUGGAUCUGCCUCCUGUGAAUGUCUCCUUCCAGGUGCCAUCACACACCAGUUCUGGCCUUCAGAUCCGUUUCCUCAGGCUCAGAAAUGAACUUCCAACCGCCAUCCAUACUUGGGUCCGUUACCUGACCCAAAGUGACUCGUACAGUGUCCGGCUCGGGUAGACACCUGCAGCACAUCGCACUGGGUGCGUCUCACUCACUGGCAAGUACCU